AUGUCUUCCAAUGAGAAAAAACGCCUUCGAGAUCGUCGCUCACAGCAGACUCUCCGCGAAAAGAAGCUGCGACAUGUAGCCCAGCUCGAAGAACAGGUGGCGCAUUGCGAGGAGCAUCACAGCGACCAAGGUGUGCAACGCCUUCUCCAAGUAAUCAAUGGACUCCGCAAGCAAAAUGAAGUUCUUAUCGCGCGCCAAAAUAACUUAAAAUCCCUUGUCAACUCCUGGGAGACAGAACUGGAUGAACCAGCCGUCACCGAUGACUCUAGCCAUGGCUUGUCAUCUCUAUAUGAGGAGAUAAACAGUCGAGAAGCCCAAUUCGCCCUCCAAACGAACUUCAAUGAAUCAAUACCCCAGCACGGGAUAAGCAGUCUUCUCAACACCCCCGUGUCCGCUGCAUCAACACCCCCAAAAAUGCAAUCUCCAUGCCUGGAACCACUUUCCGCCGAAACAACGCCUCUGUGGAAACAAAUCCCGCCACACACUGACGACUUCAACACACGAACCAUGAUCUCGUGUCCAUGGCUCGUCUACCCAGAACUGAUACUCCCAUGUCCAGACACCCCAAAUUCCCCUCUAGACUUACUGUACGGCACGAAAACAAACGCGCUAGCAGACAUGAUCCACACGGCCCUGCAACGCCGCCCAGUCCGUGACCCAGAGCGAUUGGGUACUGGCUGGCUGACUUAUCACUUCUCGAGAUGGGUCAUCGCGCCCAGCCCGGAGAAUUAUGAGCGACUACCUGUGUUUCUCAGGCCUGUGCAGGGCCAGAUGACAAUUCCGCAUCCGCUUGUGUUGGAUUUCAUGCCGUGGCCAAGGAUGAGGCUGAAUCUGAUCCGGCGAUGGCAUGUGUAUGCCAAGGACCGGGAUUACCUGUUUGGGCUCCUUGCUUGUUGUGUUAAACUUCGAUGGCCUUGGAAUGAGAAGGUUCUUGAGCGGGAUGAGCGGAACGAGUUGUGUAUCAAAAAGGCGUUUUAUGAUUUGUUUAUGAGUGAAAGUGGGUGGGGGCUUACGCCAGACUUUAUUAGACGGUAUCCUGAUCUUGUGGAGGGGAUGGAUAUUAAUCAGGUUGUGAUUGAGCUUUUGUAA